AAUUACAAUAAUGACAGGUAACAACUAGUGUGUGUGUGUAUGUCUGUGUAUAUGUCUAUGUAUCUGCGUGGGUGUAUCUAUCUCCCACCCUCUCUCUCUAUAUACAUAUAACUUGCAACUUACUGCUAAACUCCCCACGUCUCUCCCUCCAACACAAAAAACAUCCCACAUGAUUUCAUUCUCCAAUCCCAAUCCCAUUUAUCUCUCUCUCUCUAAAAUCAUCCUUGAAAUCCCCCCUUCCACCCCACCAGUAUUUCUCAUCCCUUCUUCUCCAAUUAAUCAACACUCCAUCGAUGGUGUUACGCAUGAAGCUUGAGGGAUUGAUAUAUACAUGACAAAGCAGUGGUUUCUGGCGUUGAGGUUAAUUUGAACUUGUUACAGAUCAGGUUUAAGAACAACGUAGGGAGUUGUUGCGUAUCAAGUUUUGUGUUUCUUACCAGUCACGGGCGGGAGAGGAGUUCUUGCAAGAAAGGAAAGCAAAUGAAAGUUGACUAAAUCAAGCGGUGUGUUUCGUUUUUGGGAUUUGUCAUUUGUGGAUGAGGUGGUGGAAAGUGGAAAUGGGUUUCCUGAUUAGAUACGCAACCUUGUGAACAACUACUCCAAUCCAAUCAAUUCCUUUGCCUUGGAUCUCUUCUGUAUCCUCAUCAUUUCUUGGCAAGUAGAGGUGGUUAAUGAUAAUGACUGAAAAUCCAAAGCUGGAGCAAAUGGGUUCUCAUCAUAAUCCGAUGAGCUCAAAUAAUUGUGAAUCCGGGGAAUUGGGAGAGAGAGGUGCUGGUCUGAAAAUAUGCGUGUCUGAUAACGUCAAUGGAUUACAGCACCACCCAUCAGCCGCUAAAUCUGAUAGCUUUGUGGUGGAUAUGGAGCGGUUCUCUCAUCUUACGGAGAAAGACAUGAAUGCAAAUUCAAGAAUUACAAGAAACCUUUCAAGAAAAGGAUCCGCCAGAAGCGGAGAAAAGAAAAUCAUCGCCACCAACGAAAGAGACACUACUCUCCUUGCUACUUCACCCAGAGCUACUUUACAUGGAGGGAGCACGCCUGAAAAGCCAGUGGUAGUGGUGAUGGGGCCCACCGAUCACUCCACCGUCCCCCAACUCCACCAUCAAAUCUCCUUCACAAAUGGCACUGUGGGCAGCGAAUGUGGUGGCAAAAGAUUCAGUUUCCGGCGGUCUUCACAUACCUGGACUACUGAUCCGAGAAGGAUACUUCUCUUCUUUGCAACCCUGUCAUGUGUAGGAACUAUUGUACUCAUCUAUUUCACCUUAUCGAUUGGCAAGCUCAGUGGGGAUGACACUGCUCUCAAUUGAUAACCACCGGCCCAUUAUCAUCAAUAGCCACAUCUGCAAGAGGAACUUCUGCACAUAAUUAUGUUUGGAACUUGCUAAGAAGAAGUUAUAUAGAGGCAAGUGAAAAGAUGCAAAAUCAAAAAGAACAGAGAGAAUUAGGAUAACAGUCUGACCUUCUCGUCUACAGGACAACUUUUCUCAAUGGCAAAUCUUUUAAACUAAAGACAACAGCAGAGAGCACUAAGACAGAGAUGGAGAAUCUUCAAGUUUUUAUAUUAGUGGAAGACAUCAAAACCACAUGAUGUGUAUACCUUUUUAUGUUAGUUUUGUCUAUCUUUGCACAAGUCCAAUGGAGAGCCAGAAACCCGCUUUUGCCGCUUUUUUCCUCUUUCAUCCAUAUCAGUGCUCUUUCGGUAGCCCACUGCCAACUGCUCCCUUUUGUUUUAUGUGCCUUUCAUGUGGGUAGGCAACAGACAAUAUAGGAAUUUCUUAUGCUUAUAGCAUCUACAUAUACUUCAAAAAGGGGAGCAAAUGGAAUGUCAGAGCAGGGGCGUGCUGUGUGCAUAUUUACAUUUAAAUCAGCAACUUAAAUGGGGGGAAAAUGGUUGUUGACAUGACCUCCCAACAGCAUCACUGACUGGAGAAUUAUUCUCUGACUGUGUUCCAGAGUCACGGAUACUAGUUUUAGUUUGUUCAGUAAAGCCCAUUACCUUCCCCAUUCCUACACUAUUCUGAAAGUCCCUGCUAAUAUCAUUUGUCACGAACAAGAAUUAUAUAUGAUACACUAUCAUGUCACAACUUUUAUUCUGUA